UAUUUUCUUGUUUUUCUAAAAUGCAACGACGUGAUGGAAGAAGUGAUGGCCGUCAACAGGUUGGAAAUGGUAGAUGCCAAAAGGGUGCUGGAGGUGAAUUUCAGCGUGAUAAAGGAAGUAGUGGAGAUUAUUGUGAUCAAGAUAAAAGCGGUACUGGUAGUUCUCGUGAUGUACAUGGAUCCUCCCAAAUUUAUGGAGAAAAGCCAGCGGGCAGUUCGUCAACUUCUUCACAACCAACUGUGAAAAGUUCACUAAAUUCUGCGAGAGCUGAAGCACCUAAUCCUGAUGUUUUGCAAACUCAAAAGAUGAUAGAUGUUAACAUUGAAGAAUGGACAAGGUUGAAAAACUUGGAAACCAUGUGGAAACAGACUCAAAUCGAGACGAAGGAAAAAAUUGAUAAACUUCUUGCGGAGAAUUCUGAUCUUUACAACUCCAUUGAACUAUCAAUAAGGGAAGGUUGGACAACUAUGCCUGACAAAGAAAUCUAUACGCCUUCUAAAUUCAUUGAAGAAGCCAAACUAUGUCUGAAAAAUAAUCCGCAAAAUUUGAUGGAGUGCAGUGAAAAAACUUAUCAAGGUUUUGCUUCAGCUGUGGCUUUGUUUUUAAAAGACAUAGAAGUGAUUGAAUUGGGUGGGUCAAAAUUUGUUGGUAUAAAUCUACGAAGCUAUUCAGCAAUCAUCAGUAUGGGUUUUUUCUUGGCUGGUAUGGCAUCAAAUUUUUUUGACGAAUUUGAACUUGCACGUGCCGCAGGAUGCGCUGAAGAGUUUGUUCAUAUUUAUAAAUAUCAUUAG